AUGAUCUCAAGAAUAACAGAAAAUUACAUACCGAUUCUUACGAAGUGUCUUUCUUAUAUAUUCCAGCAAAUUGAUGGAUAUACAGCAGGUGAAGACUACCCAGCAUACGAAGCAGUGCCUAAAGGUCUUUCAUUUAACUGUCAAGGAAGACUUCCUGGAUACUAUGCUGACCCAGAGACACGUUGUCAGGUUUGGCAUUGGUGCUUACAUUCCGGCCAUCAAUAUUCCUUCCUCUGUCCCAAUGGCACCGUUUUCAAUCAAGCCGUUCGCGUAUGCGAUUGGUGGACAAAUGUUAAUUGUGAAUCAGCUGAACAACUUUAUCGCAACAAUGAGGAAUUGUACAUUAGUGAAACAACAACCGCAUCAACUUGAUAUAGGGCCAGCGAUUAUCGAAAUUCAUCCACAAGUAUAAGUUCUGCCAAAAUCACAACCAAAAAUUCUCGUUCUGGCAAAAAAAGUCAACAAUUCGUCACAACUCAACGCAAUCGACUAAAUAAUAGUCAAUCGCAAUCUAAAUUAUCAAAUAAAUUUACAACAACAAAAACAACUACAACCCGCACAUUAACCAAAAAUAGUAGAAAUAAUAAUUUAAGAGGUUCUGUUAAAUACUCAAUGCACAAUAAUAAUAAUAACAAUAGGCAGCAACCACAAACACAAACAACAAAAAAUAGUUUAAGCAAUAACGGUAAAUUACCAAAAAAUCCUAACAAUCUUGAUGCUGAAAAGCUCAAAGAUUACAAAAGUAGAAUAAAGAACCGUUACAACAUCGAUUACGAUCGAUCGCUUGAGGAUGAAUAUGAGAUAAUCGAGGCCAUUGAAUAAGAAAGAAAGAGACAAAGAAGAAGAAGCUGAGGAAGU